AUGGUAAGGGAAGAGGCACGAUGGAUUGAUGAGCAGAGCAGUGGAAGGGUUGUUGUCCUGCAGGGAGCGCAGGGUUGGACGGGCGGGCGGGCUUGUGGAUACGUGCUGGCUUGUGGUUACGUGCUGGCUUGUGGUUACGUGCUGGCUUGUGGUUACGUGCUGGCUUGUGGAUACGUGCUGGCUUGUGGUUACGUGCUGGCUUGUGGUUACGUGCUGGCUUGUGGUUACGUGCUGGCUUGUGGUUACGUGCUGGCUUGUGGUUACGUGCUGGCUUGUGGUUACGUGCUGGCUUGUGGAUACGUGCUGGCUUGUGGUUACGUGCUGGCUUGUGGUUACGUGCUGGCUUGUGGUUACGUGCUGGCUUGUGGAUACGUGCUGGCUUGUGGUUACGUGCUGGCUUGUGGUUACGUGCUGGCUUGUGGUUACGUGCUGGCUUGUGGUUACGUGCUGGCUUGUGGUUACGUGCUGGCUUGUGGUUACGUGCUGGCUUGUGGAUACGUGCUGGCUUGUGGAUACGUGCUGGCUUGUGGAUACGUGCUGGCUUGUGGAUACGUGCUGGCUUGUGGUUACGUGCUGGCUUGUGGUUACGUGCUGGCUUGUGGUUACGUGCUGGCUUGUGGUUACGUGCUGGCUUGUGGUUACGUGCUGGCUUGUGGAUACGUGCUGGCUUGUGGAUACGUGCUGGCUUGUGGUUACGUGCUGGCUUGUGGAUACGUGCUGGCUUGUGGAUACGUGCUGGCUUGUGGUUACGUGCUGGCUUGUGGUUACGUGCUGGCUUGUGGUUACGUGCUGGCUUGUGGUUACGUGCUGGCUUGUGGAUACGUGCUGGCUUGUGGAUACGUGCUGGCUUGUGGUUACGUGCUGGCUUGUGGUUACGUGCUGGCUUGUGGUUACGUGCUGGCUUGUGGUUACGUGCUGGCUUGUGGUUACGUGCUGGCUUGUGGUUACGUGCUGGCUUGUGGUUACGUGCUGGCUUGUGGUUACGUGCUGGCUUGUGGUUACGUGCUGGCUUGUGGUUACGUGCUGGCUUGUGGAUACGUGCUGGCUUGUGGUUACGUGCUGGCUUGUGGUUACGUGCUGGCUUGUGGUUACGUGCUGGCUUGUGGUUACGUGCUGGCUUGUGGUUACGUGCUGGCUUGUGGUUACGUGCUGGCUUGUGGUUACGUGCUGGCUUGUGGUUACGUGCUGGCUUGCCCAACCCUCACAUCUUUGCUGUGGUGGAGGAUCGUUACGAGCUUGUGGUAA